AUGAACGCUCAAAUGCAGGCCAAUUAUGCCCGGGGCUAUCCCCCGACCGCCCAGCGGUCACCAGCCACCGCCCGUCGGCCUCAAGGGCCAGCUGGAGCGAUGCCCGUUCCUAUGCCCCAGCAUGCGGUCAACCCUCAGUACAUGGCCGCACAGCGCGCGAUGCCUCACCCUAAUGACGCAGUCCUGCGCCGCAGCCGCAAGCCGACCGAUAAGAACAUUCCCGAAGGCAUCGAAGACGUGAUCAUCGGCGAGGGCGUAGAACAAUACAAGAACCUUCGCGAUCUGGAGAAGCGACUCGACGCCGCCAUUGUGCGCAAGCGCUUGGACAUUCAAGAUUCUAUCAGCAAGACAGUGAAGAAGUACCGUACCCUCCGUAUCUGGAUUACCAACACCGUCGAGAAUCAGCCCUGGCAAGGAGUCGGCAGCAACCCUGGUUCUGGUCGGUAUAAGGUGCGCAUUGAGGGCCGUUUGCUGGACGACGACAAUGACCCCACCGUUCCUGAGGACGAGGAUGAGGGUGAAAAUGGCGAUGCGAUGGAGCAGGAUAAGGAUGCUGCAGAGGGUUCCAAGAAGACAGGGUCAAAGAAGCCUUCCCAGAGGUUCUCGCAUUUCUUCAAGACCAUCACUGUCGACUUUGAUAAGCCAGCCAGCAACGCCACCGAUGAAGUCAAGCCUGUUACCUGGACCAAACCCCAGGUGCCCGCGAAUGCGACGUCGGCACCAGCGAAUGCCGAGUUCGAUAGCAUACAGUUCGCUCGCAGCUCGCAAGAAAACGUGAACGUUACCAUUAGCUUGGUGCGCGACGAGACGCCCGAACGAUACAAGUUGAGCAAGGAGCUUGCUGAAGUGUUGGACGUUGAGGAAGAGACUCGGAGCGGAAUUGUGCUUGGAAUUUGGGACUACAUUCGCGCCAUGGAGCUGCAAGAAGACGAGGAGAAGCGACAAGUACGCUGUGACCAUCGCCUACGCUCGAUCUUCGGCCGUGACCAAAUGUUCUUCCCCCAGAUUCCCGACAGCAUCGGGCCCCACACCAGCCCUAUGGAUCCGAUCAAGCUUCCUUACACCAUUCGCGUCGAUGAGGAAUUCCACAAGGACGCUACUCCCACCAUCUACGAUAUUCAGGUUGCUGUUGAAGACCCUCUGCGCCAAAAGAUGAUGGCUCUCACACAGAACCCCCAAUACACAGCCGGCUUACGCCAGAUUGCCGCUCUUGACGACCAGGUCGCGCUUAUCGUCCAGGCUCUCACCCACUCCCGAGCACGGCACUCCUUCUACACAGCCCUGAGCAAGGACCCCGCUACCUUUCUGCGCCGCUGGGUCAACUCCCAGCGCCGGGAUCUCGAGACUAUUCUCGGUGAUGCGAAUGGCGUGGGCGAUGGCAGUGGACCUGAGUUCCGCCGCGGAGGUCCCGAGAGUGCUUGGGAGACUCCCGUUGCAAAGGAGGCAGUACGCUACAUGCUGGCAAAGCCUGAGGCUGCUGCACCUCGGUGA